AUGUCGGAGAAUAGGAAGAAGCACUCGAUUUCCCGAGCCGCUCCUAUAGCUGAAAAGGAAAAUAACGUACCCAUCGGAUAUCAGCAAACGAACAAAAUUAUGGCGCAGCAAAUUCGACAAUUGAAGCUCGAGGAAAACUUCCGACUAAGCGAACGUCUCCACGCGCUCGAAGCGGCAACCGAGAAUGAACGUGUGGAGAUGAUUUUGAACGAAAGAAUAAAGAAAAAAAACUUGGCCAGUUGGCUCAAGUCUCUAAACCGAUAUUGGGACAUGAAAGAGCCAUUUGAUCCGGACGCGACUCCAAAAGCCGAACAACCAUCGUCAUCAACAGCGAAGUCAAUAAAGAAAUUAGCGCCUGAAACUCUUAAAGUUGUGCCACGUUCAGUAAAGCGAAAAGCUGCAGUCGAAUUGGAGACGCCAAGGUUGGCGGCUGGAAGAACAAAUGAGCAAUUGUUACCACCAGAGACCCCACUCGACUUCCCGAAUCCAUUCAUUGAGACGGAUACAGUAAGAAGACGUCGUCAGGCAACCCUGCGAGUUCCCACAUAUGCUCUUCCCGCUUUGAACACGAAAAUGAGACGGCCUGACAAAGCGGAUGAACCGAACCCUUAUACUUCG